CUUCUAUUUACACAUUAGUAACGCCUAAAUGUUAUACCAUUUUCCUUCGUUUUAUUAAUUCCAAUUUUCAUCUUUAUAUAUUUAAUUGAGGAAAUGGAUGACUUAGAGGAAUUGGAGUACCUGUCUCUGGUUUCAAAGGUUGCCUCUGAAAUAAAAAAUCAUACUGGGAUUGAUGAUAAAACUCUUUCUGAAUUUGUAAUAAACUUGUACGAGCAUUCCAAGACUUAUGAUGAAUUUAAGGAAAACGUCCUAGCAUCAGGAGGAGAGUUUGCAGAGUCAUUUUUACAAAACAUCGCUAGAUUAAUUCGGGAAUUACAUCCAAAGCUGAAGGCGAAAGCUCAAGAUGAUAUCGUUGAUCAAAAUAAAAUUACAGAGCCUAAUUUAACGUCUAAGAGGGAUGAUGUGGGUCGAAAGCGGGAGUUGUUUCCUGGUCUAAGUAUUCCCGAUCAUAGUAAUCUUGAAAAGUCUAAUGAAGACAGUGAUUUAAUGAAUGAUACGAUGAACGAAUUAAAUCAGCUGGCCAGCUCUUCUCGUUCAAGAAGGCUGGAUAACUCUAGGAACAGUUCAUACAGAGAAAGAUCAAGAAGCCCUCCUCCCUCUUACCGUGGUCGGGAUCGAUCUCCCACUGACCGGUAUAUACCUAAUCGCCCUCGCGAUGGUGGUUCUGCUUCUCGACGUCGAAAAACGAAUGCUUAUAGCGGGUUCCCCAAACUACAUGAAAUAUACCCUGGUAUUGUUUCUAGUAUAAAGGAUUUUGGUGCUUUUGUAACACUAGACGGCUUUUCCCAAAGAACAGAUGGUUUGGUGCAUGUAUCUAAUUUAAUGGGUGGCCGACGUGUUGAGCAUCCCUCUGAUGUUGUAUCAUAUGGACAACCUGUUUUAGUUAAGGUUACCCGGGUAGACGAAGCUAGUAAAAGGAUAGGCCUCUCCAUGAAAGAGGUUGAUCAGGUUACUGGAGAGGAUUUAAAGCCGAAAACUGAUGACAAUGCCGUUUAUCGUGGUACUGGGGCUAACUCAGUGGGUUUAAACGGGGACGGGGAUCAGAAAAAUGGACAGGGAUCUGAUUUCUUUGAUCCCGGUAGGAACAAUGGAAGAAAGAGACUGACAUCUCCUGAGAUUUGGGAACUACAACAGUUGGCUGCUUCAGGAACAAUCUCAUUAUCGAGUAUUCCUGGGUUUCAGGAGGAUUUUACUACCUUUAAUAACCCUGAGUUGAAGCCUGAGGAUGAUGAAGAUGUUGAAAUUGAAUUACGUGAUGAAGAACCUAGAUUCCUAGCUGGUCAAACAAAGCUCUCCCUUAAGCUUUCUCCUAUAAAAGUUUUAAAAGCGCCUGACGGAUCUUUAUCUCGAGCUGCAAUGCAAGGGCAAGUACUAGCUAGUGACCGUCGAGAAAUGCGUCAGAAAGAAACGCGCUUACAAAGCGAAAAAGAACUAGAAAAACAAGACUUAUCUUUGGUCUGGAAUGAUACAAUGGCCCGUCCGGAAGAUAAGAAAUUUGCUCAGGAUAUACGCAAUACAGCUGCUAAACAAAUGACUACUCAGGCUCCCAGCUGGCGACAAUCUGCAAAGGGUCCUGAUAUAUCAUACGGAAAGAAGACGUCUUUAAGUAUGAAAGAACAAAGAGAAAACCUCCCUGUCUUUAAACUUCGGAAGGCGUUUUUAGAAGCCGUUUUCAAAAACCAAGUUUUAGUUUUGUUGGGUGAGACAGGCUCCGGUAAAACUACUCAAAUCUCCCAAUACCUAGCUGAAGAGGGGUAUACGGAUAAUAGGAAAAUAGUCGGUUGUACUCAGCCAAGACGUGUUGCUGCUAUGUCAGUUGCGAAGCGUGUUGCUGAAGAAGUUGGAUGUCGAGUUGGAGAAGAAGUUGGUUAUACCAUUCGUUUCGAGGAUAAGACAAGUAGAAUGACUCAAAUUAAAUACAUGACAGAUGGUAUGCUUCAGCGUGAAUGUUUGGUUGAUCCACUCUUGAAAAAAUAUUCUGUUAUAAUUCUUGAUGAAGCACAUGAAAGAACGGUUGCUACUGAUGUUUUGUUUGGAUUGCUAAAACAUACGGUAACGAAAAGACCUGAUCUGAAGCUAAUUGUUACAUCUGCCACAUUAGACGCAGAACGGUUCUCCUCUUAUUUUCAUAAAUGUCCUAUUUUUACAAUUCCUGGCCGCUCUUAUCCUGUUGAAAUUUUAUAUGCUAAGCAACCAGAAAGUGACUAUCUCGAUGCAGCACUAUUAACCGUAAUGCAAAUACAUUUGACUGAAGGCCCAGGUGAUAUUUUGGUAUUUUUGACAGGACAAGAGGAAAUCGAUACCAGCUGUGAAAUUCUCCAUGAAAGAACAAAAAUGCUAGGGGACUCUGUACCUGAAUUGGUUAUUCUACCCGUGUAUUCUGCGCUUCCUUCUGAAACACAAAGUCGUAUUUUCGAACCUGCUCCUCCAGGAGGAAGAAAGGUAGUUAUUGCUACAAAUAUCGCAGAGACAAGUUUGACAAUUGAUGGAAUUUACUAUGUGGUCGAUCCUGGUUUUGUAAAGCAAAGUUGUUUUGACCCAAAGUUAGGUAUGGAUUCUCUUGUAGUUACUCCAAUUUCGCAGGCACAAGCUAGACAAAGAAGCGGACGUGCAGGGCGUACAGGACCCGGAAAGUGUUAUCGUUUAUACACUGAAAAUGCUUUCCAGAAUGAGAUGCUACCUAGUCCGGUUCCUGAGAUUCAACGUCAAAAUCUUUCUUAUACAAUCCUUAUGCUAAAAGCCAUGGGAAUUAAUGAUCUGCUGAACUUUGACUUUAUGGAUCCACCGCCAGCGCAGACGAUGGUUGCGGCUUUGCAGAACUUGUAUGCAUUAUCGGCUCUGGAUGACGAAGGAUUGUUAACACCGUUGGGUCGCAAAAUGGCUGACUUUCCUAUGGAGCCACAAUUAUCAAAGGUUUUGAUUACGAGUGUGGAACUGGGAUGUUCUGAAGAGCUUUUGACAAUUAUAGCCAUGUUAAGUGUUCCCAAUAUCUGGAGCCGGCCAAGGGAGAAGCAGCAAGAAGCGGAUAAACAUCGUGCGCAGUUUUCGAAUCCAGAAAGUGAUCAUUUGACGCUAUUGAAUGUAUAUACGGCAUGGAAAACUAACAGAUGCUCAGACAAUUGGUGUUAUGAACAUUACAUUCAAGCGCGAGGGCUUCGGAGAGUAGAAGAUGUACGUAAACAAAUACUGAGAUUGAUGGACCGUUAUCGUCAGCCGGUAAUAUCGUGUGGUCGAAAUCGGGAAUUGAUUCUGCGCGCGUUGUGUUCUGGACACUUUACGAAUGUAGCCAAGAGAGACUCGCAUGAAGGAUGCUAUAGAACGACAGUGGAGAAUGCACAAGUGUAUAUGCAUCCCAGUAGUGUUUUGUUUGGUAAACCAGCUGAGUGGGUAAUUUAUCAUGAGUUAAUUCAGACGACGAAGGAGUAUAUGCAUACGGUCAGUACGAUUCAUCCACGAUGGCUUGUGGAGGUGGCACCGACGUUUUUCAAAUUUGCGAAUCCGAACCAAAUAUCCAAGUCGAAAAAGGGACAAAAAGUUGUGCCGCUAUUUAAUCGGUUUGAAAAAGCAGAUGAAUGGAGACUCUCAAAGCAAAAAAGAGGAAGGUAAUGCUAUGGGAAAAUAUUACUUUAUCGUAUUUAGGUAUUUUGAAGCGUUUGAUGAAAGGGAAAGUAGAAAUAUUUUUUAUUUUGGAGGUCUCUACAGUCAUGGAUUUUGGGUUAGAAUUCAAAGGUAUUUAUAAGAAUGUAAGAAUCAGUGGAUGAAUUUGUGAAUCUAGAGCAAAAUAAAAAUUUUUAGGAAAAAGUAUACAAAAAAAUUCAUGGUGCGAAAGAACUUUGUUG